GAGUCAGGGUGGAGGGCGGUCUGCAGGGAGCUGCUGGCAGCGCGCAUGCGCAUUGAGCAAGUGGAAGCAGAUCUGAUGCAACCGGCUGACAGUGUGUGAGAGACAUGGAGGAGAUCACUGGGGGCGCAGCGCAGCUUCGUAUAGAAGAGAUGUACAUUUCUGACAAAGAAGGGGAUGAUGCCACUGGAGAUGGAACUAAGGAAAAACCAUUCAAGACUGUCCUCAAGGCUAUGCUGACAGUGGGAAAAGAGCCGUUUCCAGUCUUUUAUGUGGACUCACAGAAGGAGAAUGAGAGAUGGGAUGUGAUCUCCAAGACCCAGCUGAAGAACGUCAAAAAGCUCUGGAACCGGGAACAAAUGAAGAACGAGGCCAAGGAAAAGAAAGAGGCUGAAGACAACCAGAGACGUGAAAAGAAUUUGGAAGAAGCUAAAAAAAUCAUCAUCCAAAAUGACCCCAACCUCCCAGAAGCAGUCACUGCAAAAAUCCGAGAGUUGGAAGCUUACCGCGGACAAAGGGUCAAAGUGUAUGGCUGGGUCCAUAGGCUGCGCAGACAAGGAAAAACCCUUAUGUUCAUAGUACUAAGAGAUGGGACCGGAUACCUUCAGUGUGUUCUCAGCGAUAAACUGUGCCAGUGUUACAAUGGGCUGGUCCUCUCUACAGAAAGCACUGUGGCUGUGUACGGGACCCUGAACCUUGUGCCAGAAGGAAAACAGGCCCCAGGUGGACAUGAGCUGUCCUGUGACUACUGGGAACUUGUCGGCUUGGCCCCGGCCGGUGGAGCUGAUAACUUGAUCAAUGAAGAAUCUGACGUGGACGUCCAGCUGAACAACCGUCACAUGAUGAUCAGAGGCGAGAACAUGUCCAAGAUCUUCAAGGUUCGCUCAGCCGUCGUCCACUGCUUCCGCAACCACUUCUUUGACAGGGGCUACUAUGAGGUAACGCCACCAACCUUGGUGCAGACACAGGUAGAAGGAGGGUCCACUCUGUUCAAGCUGGAUUACUUUGGAGAGGAGGCAUUUUUAACCCAGUCCUCUCAGCUCUAUCUGGAGACCUGUAUUCCCGCUCUGGGAGACACUUUCUGUAUGGCCCAGUCUUAUCGAGCUGAACAGUCAAGGACCCGACGACAUUUAGCGGAAUAUACUCACAUAGAGGCCGAAUGUCCCUUCUUGACCUUUGAUGAUUUGCUAAACCGUCUUGAAGACUUGGUGUGCGAUGUGGUGGACAGGGUACUGAAAUCUCCCGUGGCACAGCUGGUGAAGGAGCUGCACCCGGAAUUCAAAGCCCCUAAACGGCCAUUUAAGAGAAUGAACUACUCUGAGGCCAUUGCAUGGUUGAAGGAACAUGAUGUGAAGAAGGAUGAUGGGACUUUUUAUGAGUUUGGGGAGGAUAUCCCAGAAGCCCCAGAGAGGCUGAUGACAGAUGCCAUCAAUGAGCCAAUCUUACUUUGUCGCUUCCCAGCUGAGAUCAAGUCUUUCUACAUGCAGCGCUGUGCCGAGGAUAAGCGCCUCACCGAGUCUGUGGACGUGCUCAUGCCUAAUGUCGGGGAGAUCGUCGGAGGCUCAAUGCGUAUCUGGGACGGCGAGGAAUUGUUGGAAGGAUACAGUAGAGAAGGGAUAGACCCAACCCCAUACUACUGGUAUACAGAUCAGCGUAAGUUUGGCACGUGCCCUCACGGGGGGUACGGUUUGGGUCUGGAGAGAUUCCUCACAUGGAUCCUCAACAGGCACCACAUCCGGGACGUCUGUCUGUACCCCCGUUUUGUCCAGCGCUGUACGCCUUAACCCCGCGAAGACCACCGUCACCUGGUAGAGGGAUUCCUCAUCUCGUCUUGUGGGAAAAGACCACCUACCUACCAACCUACCUGCUGCUGCUUUUAUCAGGACAUUUCCAGAACCAAUGUGUUAGUUGUUUAGAAUCUCAUCACUCAUUCAUUCACCGUCCAGCAAUGGCUGUGUAAAUGGUAACUUCCCAGUGACAGGUCGUCUAUACAUCAGCCGGGUAUACCCACCAUGUUCUUUUCUUAUAGAUUCAGAUGUAGCAGAGCCGAGUUUGACAUUUAGUGAUGAAUCCGUGUAUGAUCUGCAGUAUUGGACUCCUUUCACAUCUGCAAGUUGUCUGCCAAAUAUGUUACACCAUAUUGACCCAAAUUUAUUUUUAUUUUUCGUUAUAGUAGGGUCACACCUGCCGUAUGCUGCAGAUUUUCUGCAGCUGGUUUUGCUAUCCAUUGACAUCAGUAGGUAGCAGCGGCAAUAUACAUGUGUGACCUUACCCUUGAAUGACAAAAUCUACAGUGCAAAUGUGAAUAAAGCUUUAUGUAGAGCUGCAAGUAAACAUUAAACAUCUUAUCCAUGCUAGCGAAAUGGCAAAUAUAGCUCUGCUACAUCUGUAGAUAGCUGACAUACGUAACCACUGUACUUUCCAGUCACGGUAUCUAUGGAUUCACAAUGCAGUAACCCAUUUAGCUGUGUAAUUCUUAACUGGACCCAAACCUUUUUUUUUUUUUUUUUUUUUUUUUUUUUUUUUUUUGUCAUAC